AACUUGCUGUGCGGCCUUUGCGACCAAAGCAGCUUAUAAAUCUGCUUUCAACUGCACAAUGAGCGACUGCAACAAGCAGCACCCGCAGGUCAUUUUCUGCAACGACUCGCCUAAAAGGGUUUUGGUUUCUGUCAUCAAGACGACCCCGAUCAAACCCAGGAAAGCAGAGGCCCUGACGCCUACGAGCCCCGGUUUCAGCGAUUUCAUGGUCUACCCCUGGAAGUGGGGGGAGAACGCCCACAAUGUGAGCCUGAGCCCGGGCUCCGGGAGCGGGGCUGCGUCCCCCACCGGGACGCACACGGCCAUGGAGGCGGACCCGGCCUCAUCGCCUGACCAGAUCAAGGAUGGUAUCCGCAGAGGCCGGCCCCGGGCGGACACGGUUCGAGAGCUCAUAAAUGAAGGGGAGACUUCAUCCAGCCGCAUACGAUGCAACAUCUGUAACCGAGUGUUUCCCAGAGAGAAGUCCCUGCAGGCCCAUAAGAGGACACACACAGGUGAGAGACCCUAUUUGUGCGACUACCCAAACUGUGGGAAGGCGUUUGUCCAGAGUGGUCAGCUGAAGACCCACCAGCGGCUGCACACGGGGGAGAAACCUUUCGUCUGCUCAGAGAAAGGAUGUGGCAGUCGGUUCACACAUGCCAACCGUCACUGCCCCAAGCACCCUUUCUCCCGUCUGAACCGAGAAGAACCAAAGGAUGGCCCGGGCAAGGCUCAGUCUGUGGACAACAAGGCUGUGGCAGAGUGGCUGGCAAAGUACUGGCAAACCCGGGAGCAGCGUGCCCCCACAACCACCAAGGUGAAGUCGCAGAACAAGAUGAGGGCCGAGGACCAGGAGCAGCAGGAUCCCAUGGAGUUCCUGCAGUCUGACGAGGAGGAGGAGGAGGCCACAGAGGAGGAGAAGAGCAGUCAGGGGGCCAAGCGGCGCCUUCAGGAGCAGCGCGAGCGACUUCACGGUGCUCUGGCCCUCAUCGAGCUGGCCAACAACCUGUCUGCCUAA